UUUCAAUGCAAACUUCAACUCCUCCUCCUCCUCCCUCUAAUGCCUGUAACUCACAUCCGAGGCUGGGCGAGGAAUCCGGAGGGGCGAUUUUCCUCAUGCUCGCCGUGGUUGGAAGCUGGGCGAGUGACGGGAAGGAGGCAGGGGGUCUGUGGCGCUCUCUACCUACUGCCAGCCUGACGAGGGGAGGGGGCACCUGGAUUGGCAUCUUUUCUUCGUGGUGAUUGAGAACUGCAGGUUCAAUCCGAUCCCACUGAGCACUGGCGAUUGAUUAUAAAAAAAAAAAAAAUCGACACUGGGAGAAGGGAGGCUCUGUCUUCGGCGGUUAGACUCGAUUUCGGAGGUGGUAUUGGUGUGUGUGUGUGUGCUGGUGGCUUUUUUUUUUUCCUUUUUUUUUUUUCUUUCUUUCUUUCUUUUUCCUUUUUUUUUUUUUUUUUUUUUUCCUUCUCUCCUAGGGGCUACACAAUGGCAGUCUUCUCUCAGUGAGAUGAAUCCUGCUUUGCCUUCUGCAGACCCACCCAUCCUCAGAGCGAUCAAGUAAAAGGCUAUGGUUUUCUCUUUGGGGAUCUUUUGUGCAUUACUGUUCUCUCUGAUUAGUUCUGGUCUCUGUUGGGAUUUCUUUGCUUUUUUGUUUGGCUUCAUGCUGAAAAAGGAUUUUUUUCCCAACCUUUUGGUAAUAAUCCAGUGGUGAUCGCGGGGGAUAAAUCAUUCACCCUGGCCGAAAAAAAACAAUCACUGAGAAGUCUCAAAGAAAUAUACCACGUGAGGGGAAAAAACUGGGAGAAGAUCCGGAAUAUUAUCGUUUUUCCUAUGGUAAAACCGGUGCCCCUCUUCAGGAGAACUGAUUUCAAAUUAUUAUUAUGCAACCACAAGGAUCUCUUCUUUCUCAGGGUGUCUAAGCUGCUGGAUUGCUUUUCGCCCAAAUCAAUGUGGUUUCUUUGGAACAUUUUCAGCAAAGGAACGCAUAUGCUGCAGUGUCUUUGUGGCAAGAGUCUUAAGAAAAACAAGAACCCAACUGAUCCCCAGCUCAAGGGUAUAGUGACCAGGUUAUAUUGCAGGCAAGGCUACUACUUGCAAAUGCACCCCGAUGGAGCUCUCGAUGGAACGAAGGAUGACAGCACUAAUUCUACACUGUUCAACCUCAUACCAGUGGGACUGCGCGUUGUUGCCAUCCAGGGAGUGAAGACAGGGUUGUAUAUAGCCAUGAAUGGAGAAGGUUACCUCUACCCAUCAGAACUUUUUACGCCUGAAUGCAAGUUUAAAGAAUCUGUUUUUGAAAACUAUUAUGUAAUUUACUCAUCUAUGCUGUAUAGACAACAGGAAUCUGGUAGAGCCUGGUUUUUGGGAUUGAAUAAAGAAGGGCAAGUCAUGAAAGGAAACAGAGUAAAGAAAACCAAACCAGCAGCUCAUUUUCUACCCAAGCCAUUGGAAGUGGCCAUGUACCGAGAGCCAUCCUUGCAUGACGUCGGCGAAACGGUCCCGAAGGCCGGGGUGACGCCCAGUAAAAGCACAAGCGCGUCGGCGAUAAUGAAUGGCGGCAAACCAGUCAACAAAAGUAAGACGACAUAGCCAGAUCCUCACAGGUGUUGUGACUGACCCGCCCCGAGCACGGUGGAGCGGUUUAUCCUUUGCCAGACAUUCCCGCGCCCGUGGCCGAGCAGCGGCCGCAAGGAAGCCGAGGCCCGCUCUCGGCCAUCCCGAACUUCUUGGUUGCAAGCGGAUAAACCUCCCCCUGCGGCGCCCCCAGAACAAGAAGACACCUGGAUAACCAGCUCAACUCAGACCAUGGAAUGCCCUACCAGAUAUGGAAUGCCUUUUUAAUCUCUUUUCUGUGACUGUGACGGUUCAUGAGAAUGACAUACUUCACAAGUACACUCGACACCUUGCCUGCUGACAGCUACCCAUAAUCCUUUUUGAGUCCUGUUCCAGCGACAUCCAUGUGUUUCAGUUCGAUUUUGUAGCACACGAAUACUACUGAGUAAUUUCUAGUUAGACGCUGUAAACCCGUGCUAUUAUGGAUUUCUCUGCUCCCCGUUUUUCUAGGGCUGCUCGCUCUACUGUCCGUGACCUUUCGCAGGGACUAUAUUCCUCUAAACCUUCAGUGUGCACUUGGCCUAGUUUGGAGAGCGAUCAGGGAAUCGGGAAGCCUUCUAAACCUGUCAUUACAAAUCGCACCUAUAAAGAUUAAGAGCGUUGUCUCCGGCUCCCACUAUCGAUUAAACACACUUAGAUGCUCUAUCCAGUAGCGGAUACUGGGCUCCUGAGGUUGGCGCUGCCGGGGUGAGAAAUGGGUCAAACACAGUCCGGGGGGAAGCUCUCUACGAUACGUGUUUGACAUCCCCCCAUAGUUUCUUUGUAUGUGUGUGUGUUUUAUACAUAUCACAAGCUUACUGGUAAUGGUAACAUUUGCCUUGCCCAGCGAGCAAGACCCACUGGUUUUUGAGAAAGUGGGUCCAAAGAACUCUGUAGGCCUUGUAGGCCUGAUUAAGGUUCAUUUUUCAUCUACUGAUCCUCAUUAUUUGGGAAAAAAGGAAAAAAAAAAAAGAAAAUUCAAUAAUUACAACCUACAAGAAUUGCGCUACCUAAAUCCAUUUCCCGUAUAAUCCUACCUAUUUUUAAUGAACCGAACUGAAUGCCAUCCCCGGUUUUGGCUGCGUUCCACUCAUACUCAGCAGAGCAUGGGCAAGGCGGCUGUUGUGUUCUUUUCUGCAGCAGCAAUGCAAACGUUAGUUAUAAAUUAGACUUUAAUAUUUUUGGUGUUUAAUGACAAGUUUUUAAACUGGACAUAUUAGGAAAAACUAUUUUUUUUAGCUCAGCAUGCUGAGCCCCGGUACCGUGUAUCUCACCACUCCAUUCCUGUCACUCAGCUUCUCGGGGCCCCGGUUGCCCAGUGGCUGGGGUGAGGUGCCUUGCCGUGAGCUCAGAAUGCAGUCUGUUGAAUUCUUCUGGAUAAAAAUUCAAGGCAAACCAACACGUUCAAACAUCAGGUUUUGGGUCCACUCCAUUGAUUUGCUUUUGUUUUCUUUUGCUUUCUUAAUUUCCUUAUGCCUAAGUCCGAGCUUAGGGAAGACAACUGCUAAGAAAGACCACGAGUCGUUGACGGCACAGGGAAGAAACCAUGCAAAACGUCCGCUAUGGGAUGUAAAGCGUUUCAAAAUGUGGAAUAUGAAACUGUUUGGAAAUAUAUUUGUUAACUCUGUGUAUACUUAAUAAAAUUCAAUGUUUCGUACUCAGAAGAGUUAACUGAGACCAAACUGAACCUCAUUUAUAGAAAACGAUACGCGGGAUCAUGUAUUGGCCUCUUACGAUUAUUUCCACGUGGAAGGCUGACCCGGUCGCCAUGCCCCUCCUCCCCCGCCCCUUCUCCUUCCCUCAUCUGCACUGUAUUUCCUGGGAAAUUAUUUUGCCACUGCAUUCCUAAGUCUCCAUGACAGCCCUUGCCCGGCAUUUAAAAAUUUUGGCCUGCUUAGCUGAUUAAAGAUUUAGUAUAAAAUUAACUGUUUAUGCUUACUUCAUUUUCAUAUUGGAUUUCAUUUUAAUAAAUAAAAAGUUAGCACACGUUUCAGUAGAUUUAUUGUCAAUAAUGCUAAAGUACGAAUACAACAAAAUGAUUCCUUCAACCAUUUUUGAUUUCUUGUGACACCGUUUUAAAGCUUAUCAUUCUCAACAGGAUGAGUUAAAAUCCAUAAGAUGAAUUUCACAAGCCAGUUAUUAGGGAAGACAAGUAUUCUAUAAUCUGUGGCAAACCGAAUUAUUUAAUUUGACAUUCCAAUUAGAUGGGCUUCUAGACACUGCUUGGCCCAACGCGCGCGCGCACACACGCACACACACAUGCACACACACCAAACAACCCCACCUAUUUUUUUCUGGUAAUCAGCCCGAUAUGCUGUUCCCCCCAUCCCCCACCCCUGCAAGCCUGUUUAUUGGUUAAAAUUAAGACAAGAUUUAUUUUUGUAAAUGACUGAGAUUUAUGUCAAUGUGCACCUCUGUUUUGUUUUUUAUAUGAGUUGUCUCCAAGGGCAUUUAUCCCUAUGAAUGGAUGUCAAAUACUUUCUUCUAAUACAUGUUUAGACAUAUUGCUGACGGGUCCUUGUUAUUUGUAAAUUAGAUGGUUUCCUUUGUGUCUGGCCUCACCUGUUGCAUGGGACAAAGACGGCAUUGAUGAAAUGCAUGUAGUAGGACCUGUGUAUCAAGAACUGUUGGUAUGUACUAUUCCAUUUACAUGCAAAGAGUCUGUCUGCAUUGUAUAGUUUCUGUGUUUAAUACCAUUUGUUGUAUUCACAAAUACAACAUACUGAAUAAAAUAUUGAUAUGAAGGCAUAUUACAAAACAUCAAACAACUUUAUGUAACAAAAUGGCAUUGCUUCACCCACAAAUAUAGAGAAAUGUCAUGUAAAUAAGUUGGUACACUCGAUGUCCCCCUUUACCAUGCCAAAGAAAAUUUUAGCUCUUUGAUGAUACCUCUCUUGCUAUUUUUCUGGGAUAAGACGCCACCAUUUUUCCCCUCAAAAAUUAAGUUUGCUGUUAUUAAGCAAGUGCAAUCUGUCAUCAUUGAUGUUCUGUAUAGUAAAUCUGAUGGAAUUCA